AUGUUUGGAAUUCUGCUGUUUCUGGCUGUGGACUUUGGCAGCGUUUGGGCAACGGAUUACUAUUUACUCAUUGAGGAUCCGGAAGUCUACAUGCCGUGUUCCAAUGGCCCUCCCGGCUCGAUUUCCAUAUCCGAAGCCUUCGACAUGGAUAAUAUGAUUUUCGAAAUGGAAGAAGAUGGUAUUCACAUAUCGGGAAAUGCCACCGUCAAUUGGAGUGUUCCGCGGACGGAUAGGAUUUCAGCAAGUUUCAAGAUAAUGCACUUCAACCGCGGCUCCUGGGAACCAACUAUAAUUAGCCAACUUACUUGGGACUUUUGUGCCGUCUUCUACGACAAGAAUCAGUACUGGUACACAUAUUGGUAUCAACACGUUGAAAACUUAGAGGAGUUUAAACAGAAAUGCAUAGCUACUAAGGGUACCGUAAUGGUGAUGAAGCCCUUCAUUAUGCAAUUGCGUUUGAAUAAUGUCAAUGGCGGCACCUUUCGCGGGCGCUACAAGGCCGUGUUCCUCUUCGAAGUUUUUGACCAUAUGAACAGAAAACGACCGCAAUCCUUGUGUUUCGAGAUAAAGGGCGAUAUUGAAAAGGCAACCUAGGAAUAUAUAUAUUUAAAAAUGAUAUUUGGCCAUUAA